AUGUCCUCCGACGACGCCUACAUGUCCUUCCUCAACAAAGCCAACGCCGACCUCGACAGCGCCAAAUCCACCGCCCAACCCUCUACCUCCGCAGCUGCACACACCGAAACCGUCCACACAGGCGUCCGCAUCCCCGCCCCGCUCACCUCCAUCGACGCCUACUACAUCUCCGAAACAGACGAGCCCUUCGAGCCGGUCGCGUUGAAAUGGGACGGCGCCAACCGGGGGAUUUGGCCUGAUGCUUCCCACCUCUCCAACCUGAUCUCCGGUAGCGGCAGUGACAUCCCCCCAGACUCCAUCGAAACCCUCUCGCCUGCGUCCUUCGAUCCGAAAAAUCAGUACGCUUCUGUCCUUCGCGCUGUGCGCGCGGCCGCUAGCCAGGCAGCUGGGGGCGGGGAGCCUGCGGUGCAGGAGGCGGAUGUUGAUGUUAAGGUUUAUCGGGUUGAGGUUGGGAGUACCCGGGUGCAGUACUAUAUUUUGGCGUUGGAUGUUGAUGGGGGGUUGUUGGUUGGUGUUAGGGCUUUGGCUGUUGAGUCUUAG